GCCACUCGCGACGCUCCGGGAGAAACGCUCCCCGCGCCGCAUUGGAUGAGUCCCCGCGAAGGGGUGGGGGCGCCCCACGUGAACCGGCAUAGUGGCCCUUCCUGCCCCCCGGCGCCCCUUGGCGGCUGCUAGCGCCUCCCGCCGCGCCGGCAUGGAGCGGGGCAGCGCGGCGGCCCCGGCGCAGGCCGAGGAGGGCGAGGAGCGCGAAGGCUGCGCGGGCCUGUGGGAGCUGCCGGUGGAGCGCUGCGAGAGGCGGCCGGAGUGCGGGCGCUGCAGCCGUCCUCAGAAGGUGUGUUUAUGUCCAUUCCUGCCAAUACACCCGCUAAAGGUCUCCACCUGCUUGUAUAUAAUUCAGCAUCCAGCAGAGGAAAGUCGAGUGUUAAGGACGGUACCUUUGCUAGCAGCUUGUCUUCCUCCAGACAAAUGUAAAAUUUUGGUUGGUCGACGUUUCAGUGAAGAGAGGUAUCCUGAAUUAGCAACUGUGUGCAGAAAUCCCGAUACUAUAAUUUUGUAUCCUGGAGCUGAUGCAACAAAUUUGGAAGAAUUUGCUGUGACGUCUUCUGGUCCAUCUGUUAUGAUCAUCAUUGAUGGAACAUGGAGUCAGGCUAAAGAUAUAUUUUACAAAAAUUCUCUCUUUCGGCUUCCCAAGCAGAGUUUGCUUUUUUUUCAGGUGCAGGUAAAAAACAACAUUUCAAGUCAAUACGUAAUUCGUACACAACCAACAAACACAUGUCUCUCCACACUGGAGUGUGCAGCUGUUGCUCUUACUAUCAUGGAAAAAAAUAAGAGUAUACAAGAGACUAUACUCCGUCCACUUCAAGCUUUAUGUUCUUUCCAGCUUCAACAUGGUGCCCAGAUCCAUCACAGCAAGGAGCAUCUUCUCAAAAAUGGCUUGUAUGACAAGCCAAUGCCAAAGAAUAAGCGCAAACUCAGAAGAAUGGAGCUUUUGGUGAAUAAUGUUAAAAUAUAAGAAAACGGUACUGACAGUAUGGUGGGAUUUAUUUGCAACUACCAAAUGAAUAUGAAUCUGGAUUUGAUCCAAAUGGUUGACUGUACUACAAUAAAGCAACUUUUAGGCCCUUCAUAGGCAUCAGUUUAUCUGCUAAUAUGACAAACAGUAAUGGACAAGCUUUUUCAUUUUUGCAGUAGGCCAGGUGCCUUUAUUCAUAUGAUAGAAGAUCAUGCUGUUUCCUAUAGAAAAGAAGAAACAACUUCUGAGCAUAACUUAGAAUUGUGUUAUCUUUUGUGUGACAAGUAUGAUCCAGAGUGUGACUAGAUAAAUUUACUUUGGGGGAGCUUUUAUCAGAAUGAAAAGACAAGGAACAUGAAUGUAAUGGAAAGGUAAGGCUUCAACAUUUAAGUAUAAAGUAUAAGUAUAAGUAUAUGGCAUUUCUACAGAGCAUUUUAGCUUCAGUAUCUAAUUACAGUAGGUUUUCAAACUGUAAUUCAUUAUAUUACUUAGUCCAGCUGAGCAUAAGGCAUGCUAUUUGUAUAGUUCUUUUUAACUUCGAGAUUUUUAUUUCUUAUAUUAUUAGAAUUCCCUUUUGUAAAUUUAUAUACAUUUUACAAUGCAGUUUCAUGCGGGUUUCAUUUGUCUGUCAGACUUAAUUUUUAAAUUAAGCCUGCGUAUGUUUUUACCAGAAUCUGAAUAUUUCUGACUUACAAAAAGAAGGAAUGUAGAUAAAUGAUUUUUUUUAAUUAUAACUCAGGUGCUUCACUUUUACUUGAGAAAAUGUCCUCUUCCACAGGAGAGGACAUUUUAUGGAUAUGGUUAUGUCAUAAUUAUACCCUGGUAUGCAAUGGCUAUGAUCCUAAAGGAAUUAAAGAAGCCCAGUGUAAACAGUCCUGUAAGAAAUAUGAUGUAAUGACAAAUGCUUAUGUCUGGAUACAGCCUACUAACAUGAUUGCAGAUCCAUUAGAUUUAUGUGUUCUUUAUUAGUUCUAACAUUGAUAUGACUAUACUUCUUUCUAGUGGAAAUUGCUAGAAGCAAAAGAAUUGAGUAUUUUUACUAACUUUGUGAAGCAAUACUUUAUGAUCUGGAGGGAAAAAAAAAAGUGAAAUAAAUGUUUUGGUGUUCCUUUCUUCAUGUUCAUCUAUGUCUCCUUCAUGAAACAGCUUAAAAUGCUUAAUGUUUGUCUUUACUAUCAGUUUCACUCUAGGAAACAACAUGGAGCUAAUUGGGUACUAAUUAGUCUUAGAAAUAGUUAUUUCGUCCUUAAUUUAUGAGCUGCAAGGAAAGAAACUACAGAAGUGGGGGGUGUAAGCACAGCUAACCUAUUUAUUAACUGAAAGCAUUUCUGCAAUUAACAAGAGAGGUCAAAAUGAGGUCAGAGAUUAGCUAAGAAGUUUUAGUUAACCCUGAGCUAAUAGUGACCUUUUGUUUAGGCCUGGAUUAACAAUUUAAUUCGCCUGGCUGUGUUAGGAAAGUUUAUGUAACCUUUUUCUCCUCUCUGGGUCUAGAUAAAUCCUGUAUCUGUCACUAAAUUCAGCAAACCUAAAUUGGUUUUGACAAAUCUGAAGCAAAACAGUCUCAUGUGAUUAAUGAUAACGCAGAUGUACCCUUGCUCACGCUGGAACAGAGAGAAGGCAUGUUUGUUCCUGUAGUGAAGCGCAGUGAGUCUGAAGUUGUGUCUUGUGCAGCUCGUGUGUGCAGACUCGUACAUGACGCCUCCUCCAGCUCCUCUGGGGCUGGUUUGUCUUGUGCUGGGCUGGGAAGCUGUUUCCCUGUGCUCUGGGACAUGGUCCAGCAUUCGUAAGGGAACAAGACUAUCAGGCUUUGUUGCUAAUGCUGUAUUUACAUACACAGAAGAUACUCACAUUUAAUGUUGUAUAUGCUAAUUUAGGUCACCUUAUUUUAGACUCGAUCUAGAACGAUAGUGUGUCUUUUAACCUACAUUAUGAGGAUUAUUUUCCUAGACAGAAGGCUAAAUGUAUCUUUUCAUAAAAUGUGAGAACAGAAUGAAAUUUGUAUUACAGCCUGGGAUUCACAGACAUCUGCAAAAUGCCUUAGAAUUACUGGAUCAGAGAAAUAGUUGUCUUAAUUGAGUUAUAAUCUUACAUUAAAUAUUCUUGUGUGUGCAGUCUGUGCAGAGUUUUCAUGUUUUUUUUCUUCAGUAAAGGACAAAUUUCACACAGUUUACAAUAAAGCGCUAUUUAGUUUUGUUGA